AUGAACUUAUCAUGGGCCGAAAAGUUGGCAAAGAACGCUCUAUUGACUGCGCAAAAGCGAAUCGAUUCAGUUUUGGAUAUAAAACCUGAAGAAGAACAGGAAUCUAGUGAACAAACUGUCGAAGUGAAGGAGGAGAAGGAAGAGGAAGAAAAAGAACAAAGUUCUAUAUUCGAAGAUGUUGUUGAAGGAGAUAUUAGUGAUGAAGGGAAUGAUCAAGAACCUCAAACGGAAUAUUUGGUGAGUUGCUCUUUAUUUUAUGUUAUGUGUUUAGGAUGUUGAGGAAGCUCCAGAACACGAGUGCAAUGCUGAAAUCCAUGACAAGCACGAUGAUGGCUGGGGAAAGACGUUUUCGCCGUUGUCGGUAGACAAGGUAAGCUGAAGCUAACUAAAAACAUUAAAAUAUGGUGUCUUUACCCAGUAGAUUUAAAAGCAAGCUCUAUUGAUAGCAUUAGUCUUCUUAUUUAAUUAAUUUAAUAAAAAAUUGCAGGAAGAUGUUGUGGAAGCAGAACCUAACCCUAUAAGGGACGGUCAUGGGGAGUCGGGCACCUCAUUAUUACACUAUUCUCCUGCAUCUAACUCUCCAGAUGAAGAAGAGUCACAUCCUUCUGAUUCCCAUGAGCAUCACGAGCACGAUAAUCGAAUUGAUCUGUCUUUGAUUAAAGAUAUUGAUACUGCAUCUUUGAUAAAGGAAGAUCAUAGAGAAGAUGUAGCUACUGUUGCUUCUAGUGAUAUUGUCGUAAUAAGAAACGUUGACGACUGGUAAUUUUAUUUUUAGAUGUUUUUUUGGUUCAUUUGGUAUUGUUUUGUAUAUAUAUCGCUUAAAGGUCGGUUGCAAGUGGAAGCCAUAGAAGAGCUCCUAGUGAUCAAGUGUGUAUUAUUGGGAAUGGUUUAUCAGGAAAAUACGAUAGUUACAAUAAUGAAGCUUUAAAUGAAAGAAUGUCAGCUUUGGAAGCUCAACUCAAGCACCGAGAUCAACGGAUCACUGAGCUUUCUCACCAGAACGAAAAGCUCAAGAUUCAGAAUACGAACCUCUUACAAAAGAAUAAGAGCAUGAAUACAAAGUAAGUUAUUGGAAUUGUGGUGGUUAUGAACCUACUUUUAGACUUGGGACAGAAUCAAAGUUACAAAAAAAGUUGCAAGAGAAGGAAAACGAGCUGGCUGAACUAAUGGCUGAAGGUAAGGGUCUAAAUUAUAUUUUAAUUUUAAAAAUAAAAGUUUAUCCUGUGUAGUUUUUUAUUGCUACAGUUAUUAAUUUUCUUCACAUUUAGGUAACAACUUGUCUUUGCUGAAUGGAAAACAAGCUAAAGAACUGAAGCGUCUUAAGGAUGUCGAAAAGGACUUUGAAACACAAAGGACUCUUUUACAAGAUGCCAUGGACAAUAAUCAUGAACUGACAGAUGAUAAGGAAAGGUUGGAGAGUAAGUUGUGUUAAUUUAGGUAAUAAAUAAAAUUUCAGAGGAAAAUCAGCUACUGAAGGCAAAGAUACUUGAACAAGAAAAAGAGUUCCAAGAAGUCAAAAGUAAUUUGAAUUCGAAAACAGAAGCUCACGAAGAUCUGAAGUUGGCUGAGAAAAGGUGUGCCAGUCAGAAGCUACAGAUCACACAAUUGGAGCAGCGUGUAGAUGAAUUAAUGACUGCUCAAAGAGAGGCGGCUGAGCAAAUUGCCUUAUGUAAGUAUCUUCAUUAUGAAUAAGGGCGCUCUAUGAAAACACCUUGUACCAUAUUUUUGUAUUCAAAAAUUAAUAAAAAAUAUUUUUAAUUACUUUUAGCUACUGGCCCAUUGCACACAAGGAUUGAGGAACUGGAAUCAGAAGUCAAGGAAGCCAACAGUGCCAAAUACGUGAUACAGAAGAAACUGAGAUUUGCAGAAGAAAAUUUGGAAAAUACUAGGACAAAAGCUAACGAAGAAGCUGCUCUUUACAAACAACAGCUCAAUUCGUUGCGUUUACAGAACAAGGAACACCUGGAUAAGAUACGUGAGCUUGAAAAGUAAGUGCUUUUUGAUUUAGUUUGACAAAUUGAAUGUCAGGCUAAUAAAAUUAUAUUUCAGACAGAACAAUGAACUUUUAACCGAGAUUUCAAAUCAGAAAACAUUGUCUAACGUCAUGGAGUCUGACCUUCUAUCUGAAAUCAACCAAUUUAAAGAAUUGGUUCACAAGAAAGAGCAAGAAGUAUCUGAACUCAAGUCCGAGCUAGUAUUGGCACACCAAAAGAAGAUGGAAAAGCCUGCCGUGGUUCAGUUCGAAAAUGAUCAGGUAAUUAUUCUAAAACUUACAAUCCGCGUUUUUACUUUUGUUCUACUAAUAAAAAAGUAAUAAAAAUGUUUUUCUGUUAAUUAUGUAAAAUUACCUAUUAUCAAUGUCAAAAUAAACUUUUCAGGACCUCAAUCAGACAAUAGUAGAAUUGGAACGAGAAGCGAAUUAUCUCAGAACCAAGUUCAAAGAACUCGAAGAAGCCCACGAUACUCUACUUCUGAUUCAUGGUGAAAGCGCUGUGAGAUUAGAAGAGCUAGAACAGGAGAAUCAGGAGAUCAAGAAGUUGUGCAAAGAUCAGACACUUUUACUUUCUAGUUUGCACAACUAG